GUUGUAGAGCAUUAUCUUGAAGACUACAACCUUAUAAGUAAAACACAGAUGGACCUUGUCAUGUUCCGCUUUGCAGUUGAACACAUUUCUCGAAUUUGUCGAGUUCUCAAACAACCUAAUGGCCACUGUCUGCUUGUUGGCAUUGGAGGCAGUGGGCGUCAGAGUCUUACUAGACUGGCUGCUUUCAUGUCUGAUUUUGAGCUGUUCCAGAUUGAGAUUACCAAAAACUACUCAGCUACAGAAUGGAGAGGUGAUCUGUGCAAGAUGAUGCGCAGGGUCGGUGAACUUGGUGUGUCAACAGUUUUCUUGUUUGGUGACCAUCAGAUCAAGGAUGUGUCCUUCCUUGAAGAUGUCAAUAUGAUUUUGAACACUGGAGAUAUACCCAAUCUGUAUGAAAAUGAAGAGAAGCUAGAGAUAAUUGAGAAGAUGCAGAACUUGUGCCAGAAGGAGAAUCUUCAGCUGGAGUUUACACCCCUCAGCAUGUAUAACAAAUUCAUUGAGCGCGUCAGAAAGCAUCUGCAUGUUGUGCUGGCUUUCAGUCCUAUAGGGGAUGCAUUCAGAACCAGGCUUCGUAUGUUCCCUUCACUCAUUAACUGCUGCACUAUAGAUUGGUUUGAGGCUUGGCCUGAAGAUGCUUUAGAGCUGGUGGCCAACAAAUUCCUGGAUGAUGUAGAGAUGUCAGCAGAUGUUAGGACCAGCACUGUCAGCAUCUGCAAACACUUCCAUAUGAGCAUUCGGGCCAUGUCUCAGAGAUACUUUGAUGUAAUGAGGAGAGUCAAUUAUGUGACACCAACAUCCUACCUGGAGCUGAUAAAAACAUUCAAGAACUUACUGGGCAGGAAACGAUUAGAGAUUCUUAUCCUAAAGAACAGAUACAGUGUUGGACUGGAGAAACUUCACUUCUCUGAAAAUCAGAUCAGUGUGAUGCAGGCAGAACUGCUUGACCUACAGCCUAAACUAAUUGAGACCAGCCAGGAGACAGAAGAACUGAUCACUAUUAUAGAGCAGGAAACAAUUGAGGUGGAAGAUAUCAAAAGAAUUGUGGAGGUUGAUGAGGCAAUGGCUAACAAGGCUGCCCAGGAAGCUGAAGCUAUAAAGAUUGAUUGUGAAGAGAAACUAGCUGUGGCUAUGCCUGCCAUGCGUGCUGCCAUAAGUGCACUGGACACCCUCAAACAGAAUGACAUCACAAUAGUCAAGUCUAUGAAUGAGCCUCCUCCUGGUGUCAAGCUUGUGAUGGAGUCUAUCUGCAUUAUGAAAGGAAUAAAACCAGACAGGAAGGUUGACUCAAAUGGAAAACAGUAUGAUGAUUAUUGGCAGGCAUCCAAAAAGAUGCUCAGUGACAUGAAAUUUCUGGACUCUUUGAAAGAGUAUGAUAAAGACAACAUUCCUCCUGCCAUCAUCAGAAAGAUUCGGGAGAAGUACAUUCUAAACAAAGACUUUAAUCCAGCUGUUAUCAAGAAUGUUUCAUCAGCCUGCGAAGGGUUGUGCAAGUGGGUCAAGGCUAUUGAUGUAUAUGACAGUGUUGUCAAGGUUGUGGCUCCAAAGAAAGAAAAACUAAAAGAAGCAGAGAAGAUUCUAGGAGAACAAAUGGGGAAGUUGGCAAUAAAACAAGCAGAGCUGAAAUCGGUGACAGAUAAACUGCAGACACUGACAGACCACCUCGUACAGAAACAAACAGAGAAACAGAACUUGGAGGACUGUAUUGAGUUGACAAAAGUCAAGAUUGACAGAGCUAAUAAGCUGAUCAGUGGCCUUGGAGGAGAGAAAGACAGAUGGACAAAGAAUGUAGAACAGUUUAAUGCAACUUAUGACAACAUCAUUGGUGAUGUACUCCUGUCUUCUGGAGUUGUAGCUUACCUGGGACCGUUCAUUCUUGACUACAGACAGGAGUGUAUCCAAGAAUGGUUCCAUCUGUGUCAGAAUCAGGGAAUUUCAGUGUCAGAAGCUUACUCUCUGUCUGCAACUCUGGGUGACCCAGUAAAGAUAAGAGACUGGCAGAUUGCAGGAUUGCCAGCUGAUAACUACUCUGUAGACAAUGCUAUCAUUGUGACAUGUUCCAAUCGCUGGCCACUGAUGAUUGACCCUCAGGGGCAGGCCAGCAAGUGGAUCAAAAAUCUGGAGAAAUCAAACAAAUUGGAAGUCAUUAGGUUCACUACUCCCAACUUUGUACGAUCAUUGGAGAACUGUAUACAGUUUGGUAACCCAUGUCUACUGGAAAACAUUGGGGAAGAACUAGAUCCAAUUUUGGAACCAAUUUUAAUGAAACAAAUAUUCAAACAG